GUUUAUUGUGUGGACUCUAAUACGAAUAUACGACCGUCGCAAAGAAGACAAUCAAUCAAUAAGAAUUGCAGUUCUGGACUUCUGGUAGUUGCGUAACACAAAAAAGAGACGGCCCCGAUUUGCCGACCCUUCUUUGGCUGGUGGCUACAUCUCUACAACUCGAAGAGCGCUGAAAAAUCUGUCCUAAACUCCGGGAAUACUCCUUGGUCCUUCCUACCCAAAUAUUUAGAACCCCAAAUUACUCAAACACACACCAAAGAAAUGGCUUCUUUUGUCUCUCUUCGAUGUUCUUCAACAAUUUGUAAAUUACCCACCAAUUCUUCCCCUUCACUUAGCCUUAAUCAUGGCGCUUUCUCCAUUUCCUUCCCUUUGAAUCUCAAACGCAUCACUCGUUUAUCCAUUCAAUCAUCUUCUGCUUCUGCAACACCAGUUGAGGGCUUGGCACCGGCAAUCUCUCUCACUGACAAUGCAUUGAAGCAUUUGAAAAGAAUCAGGGCUGACCGGAAUGAAGAUGUGUGCUUAAGAGUUGGGGUUAAACAAGGUGGAUGCUCUGGAAUGUCUUACACAAUGGACUUUGAGAGCAAAGAGAACAUGAAGCCAGAGGAUUCCGUAAUGGAACUCAACGGCUUUACAAUUGUUAGUGAUCCAAAGAGCCUCCUAUUCCUAUAUGGAAUGCAGCUUGACUAUAGUGAUGCACUUAUCGGCGGAGGCUUCUCCUUCAAUAACCCUAAUGCAUCAAAGACUUGUAGCUGCGGAAAAUCCUUUGCAACGUAGAAAUGGAAAUAUGUAUACAUUUAUACAUAAACGUAAGAAAUGUAUGUGGUGUAAUUUGUUUGAUCUGUUGGAUUGUGGAUAUAUAGGCAUCAUGUGUUGAGACUUUCUGACGCUAAAUUCUAUCAAAAGCUCAAAGCAUCCUUAAGUCUUGAUAUAA